GAGAUUAGUUGCAGCGGCGGGUGUUGCUCGCUGGGCCGCUCUGCGCCUUCCUCCACGUGGGCGGAGGUUAGUGCGCGGGAAUCUCGGGAGCGACUGCCUGCCCGUCGGGAGGGGCAUUUCGGGCAAACAGGAAAGGCGAGCUGGCUCAGCUGAAGUCCCAAGAGGCGGUGUUUGAAGACGAGGGCGUCUUGCACAGAGCGGGGGUUUGGACCCGACCCGAUGGGCUUCUGGCCCCUUUUAGCUCUACUCUUCGAUAUGAUUCUGCGUGAUUGUUGCUUGGGUGAGGGUUGCUUAGGGUGAAGGAGGCAUCUGGCGAGAUGGAAUUGGAAGGGUUUUAGAAAACGGAAGGAACCUCAGGAAGUGUUUUAGUGUUGCACAAAGAUGGAUUAGUGUGUUAUGUAUUUUUUGUGCGGCUUGCAUAGAAGAAAUGUGGUUCCUCGCAUACUCUUUGCAGGUUCAUUCUCGUCGCUGGUGUUUUGGCGGGAAGUGGAUCCUAGGAAGCAGCUAUGGCUGCAGACAGUACAAGAAAGACAUACUCCCAUCCCCAGAAGGGCCAGUCCCACCUGUUACAGCCACAGAGAUUCGCCAGUAUCUCAGGGCCCAGGGCAUCCCUUUUCAUGAUGGCUAUAGUUGCCUUCAUGUACCUAGUAUUUUUGUGGAGGAGCCACAGCAGGUGCGCCAUAGCUACAGCCUCUUUAUUGACAAAACAACGGGUCGUUUUGUCUGCACAACCACAUUGGUUGAAGGUGACUGGCAAGACUUCCAGGCCAGUAUAGAAUUGAGGCAUAAAGGGAUGGCUGUGGGUGACUUAGAAGACACUGAUGGACACAGGGAUCAAGUUGCAGAGGAUGCCAGACACAUCUGGGAACGAGCCCUGCCUCUAUCUGAACUGCUGGAUGAGCAGGAAAUACAGGAGGCCAAGGCUGCUUUUGGCAUUUCUAAUGUGUCAAAUGCAACUCUUAAACGCUUUGGUGUGCGUUACCUGAGGACUGCUCGAACGUUGGUCUUCCCGUGGUUCAGCCCCCGUGGAACCACCUUGAAGGGGUUAAAGCUUCUGGGAGUGGAGCACAAAGGAAAGACAACCCACUAUGUGGAGAACACCCUACCUCGACCAAGUGCCUAUCACAAUCUCUUUGGGCUGUCGCUGAUCAACCGGCGAGAUGCAGAAGUUAUACUUACUAGCCGGGAGCUUGAUACUCUGGUGCUGCAUCAGGUGACUGGGCUACCCAGUCUAGCAUUGCCCCGUGGGAUUUCCUGCCUUCCCCCAGCCCUUCUCCCCUACUUAGAACAGUUUAGGCGGAUCACCCUGUGGUUGGGGGAGGAUCUCCGCUCCUGGGAAGCUGCCAAACUCUUUGCCCGCAAACUGAACCCUAAGCGUUGCUCUUUGGUGCGCCCAAGUGACCAGCAGCUUCGGCCCCUGGAAGCUUUCAACCAGGGCUUGAGCCUCACCAAGAUUCUGCGCUCAGCCUUACCAGCUGGCCACAAGUCCAUCAUUUCAUUUCGCCAGCUGCGUGAAGAGGUGCUCGGAGAGCUAUCCAAUGUAGAGCAGGUGGCUGGAGUCAAAUGGAUUCGGUUCCCAGAAUUGAACAAGCUCCUCAAGGGUCAUCGCAAGGGAGAGCUCACUGUCUUCACAGGUGCAACAGGCAGUGGGAAGACAACGUUCAUCAGUGAAUAUGCCUUAGAUCUCUGUAUACAAGGGGUGAACACUUUGUGGGGCAGCUUUGAGAUCAACAAUGUCCGGUUGGCUAAGGUCAUGCUUACCCAAUUUGCCUUGGAGAGCCUGGAAGAACAACUGGACAAGUUUGAUGAAUGGGCAGACAAGUUUGAAGAUCUUCCGCUCUAUUUCAUGACUUUUCAUGGACAGCAGAACAUCAAGACAGUGAUUGACACGAUGUUGCACGCUGUGUAUAUGUAUGAUAUCAGCCAUGUCAUCAUCGAUAAUCUUCAGUUCAUGAUGGGCCAGGAGCAUAUCACUGUAGACAGGCUUGCAGUCCAAGAUUACAUUGUGGGAGCUUUCCGGAAGUUUGCCACAGACAACAGCUGCCAUGUGACUCUGGUAAUUCAUCCCCGGAAGGAAGAUGAAGAAACAGAGCUGCAGACAGCUUCAAUUUUUGGAUCUGCAAAGGCCAGCCAGGAAGCUGACAAUGUGCUGAUCCUGCAGAACAAGAAGUUGGUGACGGGCUCAGGAAAGCGCUACCUGCAGGUCUCCAAGAACCGCUUUGAUGGGGAUGUGGGCAUCUUUCCUCUGCAAUUCAGCAAACCAUCUCUCACUUUCUCGGCUCCUAUCAAAGGCAAAGUCAAGUUGAAGAAGGUAAAAGAGGACAAUGCUGCUCCCAGCAAGAAAGCUUCAGCAGCUACUGAUGGGACAUCAAAGAAGCAGCGAUCCGAGUCACCUAGCAAGCAGUUAUCUGCCCCAGUGACUUCCCCCGAUGAGCCUGUCAAAUCAUGAGAAUUAAAAUAGUAGCCAGGAAGGAUUGGAAGCCAGGAAAACCAGUAUCUCUCGUCUUAUCAUAGGAGCAACAGCCUGACUGUGAACAAAGGCACCGGCCAACUCCUUCCUGCUGUCAUGCAGCUUUUUAAAUCAUGCAGGUGCUAGUAACCUUUGAGAGAGUUCUGGGCGCUACUGUUAUCCGUAGUAUUCAGCAAUAAUCCUGAAAAGAAAUGUAUAUUUUUCCCCAAGAGGAAAGCAGCAGAUAGACACAUGGAUGCACUGUAGAGCUAGGUAUUCAUGGGGGAAGGCUCAAAAAAUUUCGGUUCUUUAACUUAGCCUUGGUCUGGGCUCAGUUAAUAUUAGUUGUUGCUAACAGUGGAGAACACUGCAGAACGGUGCAUGGUGUGUGCAAGUUGUUGUGUGCAAUUCAUGGACUUAUAUGUGAACAAAAUUAAGGUUUGCUGUAAGCAGUGUGUUGGAUCCUGGCAUGGAUCACCAUUGCCAUUUGGGUCCUGUUUUGCACACUCGUAUUCCAAGAAUACUGGUUUAAAACCAUAAUGAUGCCACGAGAAUGCCACUUUCCCUCCUGAUUCCAGGACUUGAAUGAUGGAAUUGCAGGCUGAUUGUAAGUUUAGGUUUAAGUUAGCUGUGAACUAGCAGAGCUAUCGACAAAGCCAUUUGAGGGUCUGAGCUGUGUGGCUAGAGUAAGUCAUUAGCAUGGAAGAACUUAUCCCAAAAUGCAGGCUGUCCCUUUCUUAGGUGCCGGCUGUGUUCUGGCUUUGGUCUUUGCUGUUCUAGCCUAUUGAUUCCGAUGAGGAAUCUGUUAGAAGGAAAAACCACACCGCUCAUGAAUUCCAAAGGGGGCUAUUGAAAAGCUGCCAUUAAGAAAGGUAAUGCAGCCUUUAUUGAAAAAGCCUUUCCAAACCAUUAAUGGAUUCCCUGACCAUUUCAGAUAAAACUUUGGAUCGAUUUCUUUAGUUCCCCUGCCCCUCAUUCCACUUAAGUGCUGCAACUGUAGGAAACUGCGUCUGACGUACGUCCAUUUAGAGCAAAGUGGUUCUGAAAAGGAGAACAAAUACGUUUCUUGCAAACAUAUCUUCUGUAGGAAAUACUGUUUUAAAAAUACUAAUCUUGAAAAUUGGCUGUGAUAAAUGCAGAAGCUAGAAGGCUCUGACAUGGGAGUAAAGUAUAUUUCCACAACCUUUGAGCUUAAAUGAUAUAUGGGACACUCUGUGUUGGAAUGUAAGCUGAUGCUGAUUGUGAUUUGGUGUGAUCUUUACAUGUGUAUGCAAGCACCAGGAAGAAGAAGACUGUUCAGGUUUUCACUAAUGGUUUUUGAAAUAACCCAUGCAUUUUUGGAUGCAGAAAUUAUGAGUUACUUGAUAUUUUGUUGGAUGGUGUGUCAUUUAUUUAAAUUUAAAACCACACGCUUUGUCCUUCCUGUGCAAUGUUCUUUAUAUUGUCCACAAGAGGUCAGUAUGCAUACGCAGCCCCUGCUUUUUCAAACACAAGGUUUACAUGUUAAUAUUUUCUGUUUUCCAUGCUAACCUGCAGUUCCUCCAUCAUGUGCCAAGGCCUGGCAUGAUCCUUUGUAGUUCUGAAAUCUCAGAAACAGGAGAGAAUAGCAGUUGGUUUAUCAAAAAAGGCAAUUUGCUGUGCUACUAAUUACAUAGCUAAAGCUUUUCUAGACUUUAUCUGUGGUAGAUUCUCUGCCACUCGCCACUAAAAAAUAUCUCCAGGGACAGCUUGCAUAAUCUUCCGGGGUGUACACUUACAGUGAAGAGGAUUCUCCCCUGCCCCAAACCCAUCUGCUGUUCAUGUUAAUGGUUUUUAGCAUGUUUUCUGCUUGUUCUGUCCACUGGCAACCCCCCUCCCCCACCUUCUCCUAGAGCAGGACUGUAGAUGUUUAAGAACAUUGAUGAAUAUCCUACUCUGUCUCUAAUUCUUCCUAGCAAUGAAAAUAUUUGGUUGAACUUUUAACUCAGACAUUUCCUUUGUGAGAAAUGUUGUAUUUAAGCAAUUCUUGAAGUUAUGGAAUAGGGCAGACUUCUGAAGCAUGAAGGAAACUGCAGAACUGAUGCAAGAGGCUUUGGGGAUUUGGAGAGAUGGGGAGAGCGCCCUUUUCAUCUGCUCUUAGUGUUUAAAUGAAGGGUUAAUAGAAAGUGAUUGCAUUUCUUUACUAAUGCAAGAGGAAAGGGCAUCAGGCCCAAGCAUGAGUUACUAGAGGGUGGCGUAUAUUAAUACUGAGUGUGUAACAAUUCCCUUAAUGCAAAGGCAACCAGGUAUAGCCCAACUUGUCAAAACCAGCUUUUUAAUACGGAUUUCAUGUUAUAUAAAUUUGGUUCUGUUGUGUUUUUAAUAUUUUUAGUAGAUGUCAUUUUGGCAAAAUGUGCGUGGAAAUUUUAGAGAACUAUGCAGUUCAGAGGAACUCGGGCAGCUGCCUCAUGGUGAUCCACUUGGGAUCCAUCCAGCUCAGUGCUCUCUGUUGUGGCUGGCAGUGCCAUGCAGGGUUUCAAAUAGGUCUUUCCCAGCCCUCCCUGGGAAUCCCAGGAAUUCAGCUUGGGGCUGUCUGUGUGCAGACUGUGUACUUUGCCGCUGAACUUGCCUCUCUAUGCCCCUUCCUCUGAGUUUGUCUCAGUCCAAGCAGUCUUGGUUUUAGGUUUUGAGGUGGCUUCUGAGUCAGGUGCUUUCAGUGGGUCCUGUUCCCGAGUAAGCUUUUCUCCUCUUUGUUGCUGUUAAGUGCCCGCUUGCUUUUCCUGCGUCCUGCCUCCAGAUGGAGAAAACAAGAUAUGUACAGAUAGAUCACUCUCCUUGCUUGCUCGAGAGGGCAGGCUCUUGGCAAGAACCCAGCGAUGCUGGCCUGUGAUGCCAGUCCUGAGUCCAAGAAAUACUAUUUAUAAAGUAUCUCUGUUGAUGCGGUUGUUUAAAUAUGAAAGAUGCAGUUGCUUCUUUGAGCCGUACCUGGGCUCUCAAAAGGCACUCUCUAGAUGGUUUCUGAAAAUAUCUGGUGUCUAAUGACCCGUGAGCAGUGGGUUGCCCCAUGCUGCCAACCUUGAAAGGCUUGACUGGGACCAGACAGUCCAGCGUGUGUCAUUGCAAGCCCCACCGGGUCCCUGACACCUGGCCUCUUUGCUCUGUUGUGAAAAUGAAGGGUGAACUGCACAGCUCCUGGUGCAGUUUUGAAGUACUACAAAUGUACUGUUGAACAUUAUAUAAGCGCUAUAAAUGUACUGACACAUGCUUCUGCCGUUUCACGCAAUUUGCGUUAGAAAGCUGUGCUGUCCAGUGAUAUGAAGGACCUUGUCCAAGGAAGGUGAAUGGAGAAGGCUGCUAGCCUUCCUACAGUAUGUCACUGUAACUAGUGUUUUUCCUGUUGUGGUAUUAUUCAUAGUUUCACCUCUGAGCAGCUAUUUAUUUAUUGUUCUGUCAUUGCUUGAGUGGAGUUGGUGAUGCAGAACCAGCCAUCUUAUUUUAUUUAAUAUUCUACCUUUUUCCUGGAAGGUAUCCAAGAUGGUUUAUAUAAUCUGCUCCAUUUUAUCCUCACAACAACCUUGUGAGGUAGGGUAGGGUAAGACUCAGUGACUGGCCCAAAGUCACCCUGUGAGCUUUCUAGCCAAGUGGUGGCUAGAACUUGGAUCUCUUCAGACCCAGUCUGGCACUUUUAUUGCUCUGCUGCACUAAUCCAUCUUCUGUGAUGGCCUCCUUAACUGAUGUUGGACAAAGACUACAGGAAGGACAUGGUUGUCCAGCUUGAGGAAAGGGAUUGCAGGGUGUGGAUUUUUAUGCAAGCCCCCACCCAGUUCAGGAAUUGCUUUGUGUCACUUCUUGAUACCCUGUAUCAGCCUUCCCCAACCCGGUGCCUCCAUACAGACUGCAACUCCUAUCAGCCCCAGCCAGCAUGCUCAUGAUUGCAGUUAUGUGAAUUGUAAUUCAACUCCACUGGAGGGCCCCAAGUUGAGGAAGACUGCAGUGCAGCGUCAAAACAUACAAGAGUCACUGAGGGAUGGGGAAUGGCUGACCCAGUAGUUUCUCCAGGGUACCCAACCUGGUUAUGGUUAGGACUUCCUGCUGUGUACUAUCACAGGGAUGGAAAAGGAAGGACCUGAGCAACAUCUGUUACUAAUUAGCCGCUGGCAACCCUGGGACAGGAUGAAAAGGACUUGGCCAUCGCAUGGUGGGGCCUGGGAGCAGGCAGAGGAACGAGGGCCUGGGCUGGCAGAGAGUGAGCGCUCAGCUGAGGCUGAGGCCUGUGUCUGAGCCACAGGCAGGGCCUGUUCCUAUGAGAUUCCAGUUAGCUUUCAAGUUGGCAGCAAGGGAGAUUUGGAGGCCAAAUCAUCAACCUCAUGCAUUGCUGCAGUUUCUCUGCUGAAGAGCGUGCUAGACUCCCAAGUGUGUUUCAGUCUCUUCCCAGUGUUGAUCUGUGGUUUGAGGUCUGCAGCCUGGAACCAGAACUGUACUUUCAGGGCACUCAGCUGCGCCUGGGAGCUGUUUCCAUUUGCUAUGGUGAGCUGCUGUAAUUGAUGCAUGAUUCAAUGGCUGUUUCCUGCCCUGCUUAGACUCUCAAAGUUGUGGACAUAAAGAAAGCAUUUGCAUCUUUAGGAAAAGAAGUAAUCUGUACAUCAGUGAAUAAUAUGUGCAUCCCACCCUUCAUUGUAGCUUCAUAACAACCAUGUGAGAUUGAUUAGGCCAAGGUCACCCAGACAGUUGCAUGUCUGAGUGGGAAUUUGGAUUUGUUCCUUGUUCUAGUUUGACAUGUUCAGCUGUGCCAUUUGGAUCAGGUCCACACAUUCAUCUUCCAUUUAAACUACUGAAAAAUUGGAGUGUUGGGAAAGGUUGGUUGCAAAAUGUGAUUGUCAGUAAAUCAGUUGAGAAGAUGA